AUGUCCAAACAAGUUUUGGCAAAGGAGGAAGCUAUCAAUCAUUUAUAUUCCACCAUUAAAACAAAAUUCGAAGAAGACGGUGUUUUGCAAGAAGUACGCUGUUUGUUGCAAGCUAAAAUGGUAUCCAUGAUGCGUGGUAAAAGUGAAGGUACACUGGUGAAGAGGCCAGCUGGCAAAGGUCUGGCACAGGAUUCACGCAUCGCUCUCUUGAAUCAAUUGCUUAUGGAAUAUUUUCAUUGGCACAAUUAUCAGUAUUCAGCCGAAAUGUUCGGAUUAGAAAGCGGCGCCGAAAACACUAAACCGAUGCGUGAAUGCUUGGAAGGCGUACUGGGUAGCUUUCAGCAUAAAAAUGUGCCUAUCCUUUUAGAAGUGGUAACGGAAUUAAUGCAGAAACAAAACAAAAAAAAAUAA